AUGGCUUCUUUAAAUGGUUACUUUGAUUGUAUGCAACUGCUACUUGAUCUUGAUGCAAACGUGUCUUCUGUUACAUUUCAUUUCGGAACAUCAAUGGAUUUAAUCGGGGCUGGAAGCUCUCAUUUGCAUUAUGCUGCUUCUGGGGGAUAA